CUUCAGACAAAUGGACACCACCUGCCCAUCAAGCAGAUUGAGGAGAGGAGUGGAUAAGAAGGGAGUCAUCCACAUUCAUUCCUCCAACCAAACAUGGGACUUCUACCAGGCUCUGCUAGGCCUCGUUCACGUCCUGUUAGGUCAAAACGUCAUUCACUUAGGCAUGACGGGUUACAGUCCACAAGGCGCAUGAUAUCGCUCAUCUUGAUCUCCCGGUACCCGCGCAUUUUAGGAAGAAACACGCUCAAAGGGAUGAAGGGUCCGCUCUCAAGCAUUUUAGCUAGCGAAGUUAUAGUCACAUCCGACAGAGUCGCACACUGCGGAACUAGGACUGCCGCGCGCGGCCCCGCCCACUUUCCCAGCAGCAGGAAGCUGUCACCCCGACUCUAGAACUCCCGGGCCCAGGGACUCCCGGAAGCUGCCGACCACGUGAUUCGCAGGCUCAGCUCACGUGACAAAGCUCCCGGCGGUGGGGGCCCUCGGCCAAAAUGGCGGCAUACCUGCAGUGGCGGCGCUUCGUUUUCUUCGACAAGGAGCUGGUGAAGGAGCCGCUGGGCAAUGAUGGGGCCGCUCCCGGGGCCACACCUGCUUCUGGAUCCGCUGCUUCCAAGUUCCUUUGCCUCCCUCCUGGCAUCACUGUCUGCGACUCAGGCCGAGGGAGCCUGGUCUUUGGAGAUAUCCUUCAUUUGGAGCUGUCUUUUCCCUCCCGGGAUCCCGAAGAGAUCGAGUUAGGAUGAAAUCUGUUUGUCGGAGGGGUCCGUGCCGCGCGCCUCUUUCCUUUAGCUGGUUAUCCAGAGUUGUUCUGUGGUCUACGGGAAGAAAGAAGUCCAUUUCCUAACUUGUUAUCAACUGAGCAAUCCUGGGAGGCUCCUUGACUAUCCCGCACAUAUGGAAGGCCAGAUCUGGUUCUUGCCACGUUCCCUACAGCUUACAGGCUUCCAGGCCUACAAACUACGGGUGACACACCUGUACCAACUGAAGCAGCACAAUAUUCUGGCAUCUGUUGGAGAAGAUGAAGAAGGCAUCAACCCCUUGGUUAAGAUCUGGAACCUGGAGAAGAGAGAUGGUGGCAAUCCACUCUGCACUCGAAUCUUCCCUGCUAUUCCAGGAACAGAGCCAACUGUUGUAUCUUGUUUGACUGUCCAUGAAAAUCUCAACUUUAUGGCCAUUGGUUUCACAGAUGGCAGUGUUACAUUGAACAAAGGAGACAUCACCCGAGACCGUCAUAGCAAGACCCAGAUUUUGCACAAGGGCAACUAUCCUGUAACUGGAUUGGCCUUUCGCCAAGCAGGAAAGACCACUCACUUGUUUGUUGUGACAACAGAGAACGUCCAGUCCUAUAUAGUUUCUGGAAAAGACUACCCUCGCGUGGAGUUGGACACCCAUGGUUGUGGCCUGCGCUGCUCAGCCCUAAGUGACCCUUCUCAGGACCUGCAGUUCAUUGUAGCCGGGGAUGAGUGUGUCUACUUGUACCAGCCUGAUGAACGUGGGCCCUGCUUCGCCUUUGAGGGCCACAAGCUCAUUGCCCACUGGUUUAGAGGCUACCUUGUCAUUGUCUCCCGUGACCGGAAGGUUUCUCCCAAGUCAGAGUUUACCAGCAGGGACUCACAGAGCUCCGACAAGCAGAUUCUAAACAUCUAUGACCUGUGCAACAAGUUCAUAGCCUAUAGCGCCGUCUUUGAGGAUGUAGUGGAUGUGCUUGCUGAGUGGGGCUCCCUGUACGUGCUGACGCGGGAUGGGCGGGUCCACGCACUGCAGGAGAAGGACACACAGACCAAACUGGAGAUGCUGUUUAAGAAGAACCUAUUUGAGAUGGCGAUUAACCUUGCCAAGAGCCAACAUCUGGACAGUGAUGGGCUGGCCCAGAUUUUCAUGCAAUAUGGAGACCAUCUCUACAGCAAGGGCAACCACGAUGGGGCUGUCCAGCAGUAUAUCCGAACCAUUGGAAAGUUGGAGCCAUCCUACGUGAUCCGCAAGUUUCUAGACGCCCAGCGCAUUCACAACCUGACUGCCUACCUGCAGACCCUGCACCGACAAUCCCUGGCCAAUGCUGACCAUACCACCCUGCUCCUCAACUGCUAUACCAAGCUCAAGGACAGCUCGAAGCUGGAGGAGUUCAUCAAGACAAAAAGUGAGAGUGAAGUCCACUUUGAUGUGGAGACAGCCAUCAAGGUCCUCCGGCAGGCUGGUUACUACUCCCAUGCCCUGUACCUGGCGGAGAACCAUGCACAUCAUGAGUGGUACCUGAAGAUCCAGCUAGAGGACAUUAAGAAUUAUCAGGAAGCCCUUCGGUACAUCGGCAAGCUGCCUUUUGAGCAGGCAGAGAGCAACAUGAAGCGCUAUGGCAAGAUCCUCAUGCACCAUAUACCGGAGCAGACAACCCAGUUGCUGAAGGGACUUUGUACUGAUUAUCGGCCCAGCCUCGAAGGCCACAGCGAUAGGGAGGCCCCAGGCUGCAGGGCCAACUCUGAGGAGUUCAUCCCCAUCUUUGCCAAUAACCCGCGAGAGCUGAAAGCCUUCCUAGAGCACAUGAGUGAAGUGCAGCCAGACUCACCCCAGGGCAUCUACGACACGCUCCUUGAGCUGCGACUGCAGAACUGGGCUCAUGAAAAGGACCCACAGGUCAAAGAGAAGCUUCACGCAGAGGCCAUUUCCCUGCUGAAGAGUGGUCGCUUCUGCGACGUCUUUGACAAGGCCCUGGUCCUGUGCCAGAUGCAUGACUUCCAGGAUGGUGUCCUUUACCUCUAUGAGCAGGGGAAGCUAUUCCAGCAGAUCAUGCACUACCACAUGCAGCAUGAGCAGUACCGGCAGGUCAUCACCGUGUGUGAACGCCAUGGGGAGCAGGACCCCUCCUUGUGGGAGCAGGCCCUCAGCUACUUCGCUCGCAAGGAGGAGGACUGCAAGGAGUAUGUGGCAGCUGUCCUCAAGCAUAUCGAGAACAAGAACCUCAUGCCACCUCUUCUAGUGGUGCAGACCCUGGCCCACAACUCCACAGCCACACUGUCCGUUAUCAGAGACUACCUGGUCCAAAAACUACAGAAACAGAGCCAGCAGAUUGCACAGGAUGAGCUGCGGGUGCGGCGGUACCGAGAGGAGACCACCCGUAUCCGCCAGGAGAUCCAAGAGCUCAAGGCCAGUCCUAAGAUUUUCCAAAAGACCAAGUGCAGCAUCUGUAACAGUGCCUUGGAGUUGCCCUCAGUCCACUUCCUGUGUGGCCACUCCUUCCACCAACAUUGCUUUGAGAGUUACUCGGAAAGUGAUGCUGACUGCCCCACCUGCCUCCCUGAAAACCGGAAGGUCAUGGAUAUGAUCCGGGCCCAGGAACAGAAACGAGAUCUCCAUGAUCAAUUCCAGCAUCAGCUCAAGUGCUCCAACGACAGCUUUUCUGUGAUUGCUGACUACUUUGGCAGAGGUGUUUUCAACAAAUUGACUCUGCUGACCGACCCUCCCACAGCCAGACUGACCUCCAGCCUGGAGGCUGGGCUGCAACGUGACCUGCUCAUGCACUCUAGGAGGGGCACUUAAGCAGCCUGGAGGAAGAUGUGGGCAACAGUGGAGGACCGAGAGGACAGACACAAUGGGACCUGAGCGGGCGUUACACAGAAGAUGGCUGACAUGCCCAGGGCUCCACUCUCAUCUAAUGUCACAGCCCUCAGAACUAAAGCAGACUUUCUUUCCCUGCCUUCUUAUUUAGCCAGCCUACCAUCCCUCCUCUUCACUAGCAGUGUAGAUCAUUCCAGAUCAGUGGGGGAGGGCACCUCAGCAACCUCUGAGUGUGGACAAUAGCUGCUUUAUUCUCUAUCCAAGAGCACCAGGCUGUGCUUGGGUCCUUGCUCGCAGAGUCUAUAAAUAAAAGAAUAUAAUGAUUUGGGA